GCUGCUCCGCUUGAGCCCUCGGAGUCAGAAAACAAGGACGAGGCCAGACGUCAAGGUGAAGAUGGAAACGACAACAUAUGAUUAUGACUACGAUAACUACAGUGAUGAUCCGGCCACACUUGUUGCACCGUGUAAUCGGGAUGUCGACAACUAUGUGGGAGCUCAGCUGUCCGUCCUUUACUACUUCAUGUUUCUCGUCAGCCUCUUUGGCAAUGGACUUGUCUUGACCAUCAUCUAUCGGUUCGAGAAGAUGACCACUGUUACCAACAUCUUGCUGUUAAAUCUGGUGAUGUCCUCGCUGAUCUUCAUGAGCAGCCUUCCAUUUCUGGGAGUCUACAUGCAGCUCUCCAACUGGAUAUUUGGCAAAGUUAUGUGCAAGAUAGUAGGCACUGUCUACUAUCUUGGUUUCUACAGUUCUGUCCUCUUUCUUACUCUUUUGACCUUUGACCGCCACCUUGCUGUUGUUUACUCCUUGAGUACAUCUCGAAUUAGGAACCGAAGCUAUGCAUUUGUCUCCUGCUUUGUGGUUUGGUUGAUCAGUAGUUUGGCAUGUAUUAAGCCCAUAAUUCUCCACACUACUUUCAGUAAUUACAUUAACAACAACACAUACUGUCAAGAAUACCCUGGAGACUAUCCUUCCAUAGAUGUGUCUCAGUUAAGAAUAUCUGGGUUUUACUUACAGCUUUUACUUUUCUUUCUUUUCCCCCUGACAAUUAUUGUGUACUCCUACAUUAGAAUUGCCAUCACUGUCAUAUCAUCCAAACUGGUGACAAGGUUCAAGACAGUGAAGCUGGUAUUCAUCAUCGUGCUGCUGUUUUUUAUUUGCUGGACCCCAUUCAACAUUGUACUCCUGAUACAUAAUGGAUCUGCAAAUUGUGAGCAAGCACAGAGACAGAGCUAUGCCCUUCACAUAACACGUAACUUUGCUUACAUCUACUUUUGCAUCAGUCCCAUCUUUUAUACAUUUGUUGGGAAAAAAUUCCAAACUUACUUUCGACAGUUGAUAAUGAAACACUUCCCACAGUUAAAGAAGUAUUUCAGAAGCUCACAAUACAGCCAAAGCAAUACGUCCACUAAAAGUACACCAUACUAGUUUUAAGAAUGUCAAGGUUUCUGUUUCUCAGAACUGUUAGACUGCAUUUUACAGUGUCUAAUUCUGUCUUUGCAAGCAACAGAAAAAUGCGUCAUAAUAACGGAGUUCUAGAAGGGAUGUAAUGUUUUUUUUUUUUUGUUUGUUUUUUUUUGGUACAAUGUGACCCUGCAUGUUUCCAUACAUUUUCUAUACCGCUUAGCAGUAUUUUAAAAUAUACAUAUUUAUCAAUGAAAAUAAGAAAACACAUACAUUUUUGAGGGUGGGGGGUGUUACAUUUAUUAAUUUAAGGAUGGCCCAUUUGACGCCCAACAUAACAUGUUGAAUUAAUAAAUUAAUUCUGAAUAAUAGAAACAGAUGAAAGAACAAGAGGUGCCCAACUCUUGCGGAUGAUCAGAACAAUGCCUAUGAAAUUAUGUGGCGAGUUUGUCAACAAAAAUAAAUACAAAGCAAAAAUAAAACACAAACAUAAAUAAGUAAGAACAUUCCUACUAACUGUAUGAGUUUACUGAAAUACACAUUGAAACUGAAAGUCCAUCCAAAUCAAUUGGAUAUAGAAACAACCUGUUUCUAUCAUAAAACUCUGUACAGGCAUUUUUAAUAAUUUGAUAUUUUAUAAUUCCUAACGUCGUACAACGGUUAAAUGACGAUGAUUAAUAAAAUAAGUUUCACAGAGAAAAAGCAGCAUGUUAUAUGCGACCUCAGGACUGUUUAACUUCAGAGGUUUCACUGUAGUAGUUCUCGUAGCAUGAUGGAAGAAAGAGAACUUGCUGGUGUUUUUUUUCCCUUUUUUGUUUGUUUUAAACAUUCACUUCCCGAAAACCAACUCCAAAAAUGUUGUGCCAGUGAAAGCUAUGCAAAAUUAUAAUUUGACGGCCACAGUUCCAUCAGUUAAGAGACAAACCACAAAUCCUAGACUAUGCCCAGCAAAAAAAUAAAUUAAUUAACUUUCCAAAUUGUUCGCUGUAAGCACAUUGAGAACUUUAUUUGUCACAGUGAUGAAAUAAAGACAGAGGAGAUACUUUUACAGUUCUGUACAUAAAGUACAUCAGUUCACUUACACCUUGGCUAUGUCCGGCUGCUUCAUUAUAUUCACUUACAAAUGAGUAAGUGUGACAUUUUUUACUCUUGUGAUUUAAAUGAACUUGGGAAAUAAAGCCAGUAAUGAGCAAUUGCACGACCAGAAAUAUUGCUGACAGAAAACAAGGUCAUGGAAGGAUUGUGUUAAUAAAAACUACAGACUUUGGUCAACAACCAAUAUUGCAGGACAUAUUUUCUGUGCACCAAUAUAACUUGAUGCCCUGCCUGGAUCCACAGUUUAUGACAUUUUGGACGGCAGGUCGACUACUCAGCAUAAUUAUGAUUUUAAAUUUGAUUUUUGAAAACUAUCUUUUUUUAUUAUUUGUCCGUAAAUCAUCACCUGGUCAUCUUCAUGCUUUUUAUUAUGUAUCAUUGCGAGUAUGCGUGGGGUUGGUCUCGUUCCAUCCCAGAUUUAAGAACUAACUGAUUCACCCUAUUUUCUAUUUCUUAUGGAAGCAGUUGCACAAGUUGAUUCAUGGUUUUCAUAUUUGAAGUAGAACACAACCAUUUCCUUCACGAAUUUAGCAGCACUCAAAGAAGAUGCCUCUCUUGUGUAAAUAAUGCUGGUGUUCAUCAUCUAAACUCUAGUGGCAGUAAUUCCAAAGAAAUAUUAGAACCUGGCCAAAGAUUAGUUGAGAAAAUAUAAAGCCUACACGGCACCAGCAAACCUCAUCUCCAACAUACUGUUGUCUUUCAUUUAUCACAUUCCCAUUGUGCAGUCCCAGCAUGAGAUCUGAUUUCAAACAGAGGCAGAUCACCCACAAAACUACCCUCCAGCCUUCAGUGGCUUUAAAUCCCUUCGACUGAGCUUCACGCCGUGUAUGCUGUCUGGUGAUAAACUAUCCAUCCAUCCAUCCAUCCAUUUUCUGAGCCGCUUCUCCUCACUAGGGUCGCGGGCGUGCUGGAGCCUAUCCCAGCUGUCAUCGGGCAGUAGGCGGGGUCCACCCUGAACUGGUUGCCAGCCAAUCGCAGGGCACAUACAAACAAACAACCAUUCGCACUCACAUUCACACCUACGGGUAAUUUAGAGUCGUCAAUUAACCUACCAUGCAUGUUUUUGGGAUGUGGGAGGAAACCGGAGUGCCCGGAGAAAACCCACGCAGGCACGGGGAGAACAUGCAACCUCCACACAGGAUAAACUAAUCACCUAAAUGCCCGUACCAUUUUGAUUGACUCAGUGGGGUUGUUGGGGUGAAUUUUAUCACUCCAUUUCUUUUCAGAAACCCAAUUUGGUCUGAGUUUUUGUGCCUUUUUUGUUGUGUCGUUGUGUAGAGUAACAGUGCUGAUCAUGUUUGAGUUUUUUUAAAAGUAUAUAGUGGAUGUGUUCUGA